UCCAUCUUCUUCAUCAAACCCUUGAUCUCCCCUUCCUUCUUCCAUUCAUGCCAACCUCCUCUCCCUCUUCCAUCCACCUCUCCUCUCCCCACUCCAUUAACACAAGAAGACCAAACUCCAUGAGGUCUCAACCUAAACCCCCAACAUCUUCUCCCAACUCCAACAGCCCCUCUAGAAAGAAGGAGACAAAGUGCUCCGCCGUGAAAUACAGGGAGUGCCGGAAAAACCACGCGGCCAGCAUAGGAGGCUAUGCGGUCGACGGUUGUCGUGAGUUCAUGGCUUCCGGCGAGGAAGGAACCACCGCAGCCCUCCACUGCGCCGCCUGCAACUGCCAUCGUAGCUUCCACAAACGGGAAGCCGACGUCGAACCUCCCUCCAUCUGCGACUGCUCCUCCGAUUCCAACUCCACCUCCUCCUCCUCCCGCCGGUGAUUGCCGCCAUCCAUCCAUCAAUUUUAUCAUCAUUGCUUCAUUCCUUCAUCAAUUGUGUUUGUUGGUAUACUCAAACAUGGUUAAUUUCUUAUAAUUAGUAUGCUUAAUUUUUUAUUUU